GAGAGAGAGACAACACUGAAAUCGAAAUUUAAUUAAUAAAGAGACCCAGUACGGCGUGGCCAUGGCAAAGCGGCGUCGCAAAGGAGGUUCCCCUGCCCGCAUGGCCGCGGGGGCGUCGACGAACGACGAGUGCCCCAGCCACGAGGGCGCUUUCGUUUCUUCCGGUAACUUCCGCGUGACACCGUUAUAAAUAGCGCCGAGCUCACCCCCCACAUGUUAAACUGCUACGCCCACACGCCUCCCCAGUCAACACACCUCAGCUCGCGAGCUCUCCUCAUCUACACACAGUCCCCGACGCCCGCCCGCCCGCACCGCUGCGACUGCGACGCCCCGACCACCCCCCACCUUCCCUGCCUGCCUUCUUCCUCCUCCCGUCCGAUCGGUUUCACUUUCACCAUUCACCGUACGCGCGCUCCACCCGCCGCAAUCGUACUGGCGCGUUGGACAGGGAGCUAGGCGGCCGGGGUUGAUUGCAAUUGGGGGAGGCGGGGGUGGGUGAUGUACGGCGCGCCGGUGCCCAAGGACCUGAACCUGCCAGCAGCAGCCCUGCCGCAGCCGACCACCAGGGCCGGUGCGAGAACGCCACCGCACCAGCAGCAGCAGAUGAGCUCCCCGGGACUGCUGCGGUACAGGUCGGCGCCGAGCACGCUGCUCGGCGAGGUCAUGUGCGGGGAUCAGGACUUCCCCGCGGCUGCGGCUGCGGCUGGCGGCGCAGGGGCAGGGCACGGACCACCACCGGACCACGCCGCCGCCGCGGACAACGUCCUCGCGCGCUUUCUCGCCGGGCACCACCACUGCUCCGAGGCCCGGGACUGCAAGCCUCCCCGCCCCGCCGCGUCCGCUCAUCACUUCAUGGACGAAGCCGCCGCCGCCGCCGCGUCCAUGGCCGCCUCACAGCAGCAGCAGCUCAUGUACCAGUCGUCGCAGCAGCAGAUGGCCGCCAUGGAGGGGUUGUACCGCAACGUCAGCUCCGGCGGCACGGAGCACGGUGCGGCCGUUGGCGGCGCCGGUAACAACAGCCUGAUCCGCCAGAGCAGCUCCCCCGCCGGCUUCCUCAGCCACCUGAACAUGGACAACGGGUACGGGAGCAUGCUCCGGGCGGGCAUGGCCGGCGGCGGGUUCAGGACGAACGGCGCCGUCAGCGACGCGCGGCUCAAGGGGCAGCUGAGCUUCUCGUCCCGGCAGGGGUCGGUGAUGUCGCAGAUCUCGGAGGUGGGCAGCGAGGAGCUCGACGGCGGCAGCAGCCCCGAGACGGCGGCCGGCAGCAACGGCAGCGGCGCGCCGCGCGGCUACAGCGGCAUCCCAGGGUACACGAUGGGCGUCUCGCCCGGCGCCUGGACGGACGAGCCGUCGCCGUCGCCGACGUCCGGCGCGAAGCGCCCCCGCGACUUUGCUGGGCCCGUGCCGCAGAACGUGCAUCAGCAGCCGCUGGCGCCGCAGCUCAGUCUGCCCAGCGGCAACAACGGCGGCGGCAAGCCGGCGGCGGCCUCGGCGGAGAUGGCGGCGAUCGAGAAGUUCCUGCAGUUCCAGGACGCCGUCCCCUGCAAAAUCCGCGCCAAGCGCGGGUGCGCCACCCACCCGCGCAGCAUCGCCGAGCGGGUGAGGAGGACGAAGAUCAGCGAGCGGAUACGGAAGCUGCAGGAACUCGUGCCCAACAUGGAAAAGCAAACCAACACUGCCGACAUGCUGGAUCUGGCUGUGGACUACAUCAAGGAUCUUCAGAAGCAGGUCAAGGUGCUGAACGACGGCCGCGCCAACUGCACCUGCUCCGCCGGCAAGCUGCUGCAGGACCAGUUCACCAGUUAGCCGCCGCCUUUUCUCGGUGCGAUGCGAUGCGAUGCAAUGCGUGGCCAUGGCCGCAAGGCCUGACUGACGCCUCCGCGCCGGCAGCUCGCUUUCUCCUCCUCGUUGAAGUUGAAAUAGUACCAGUGUACUACUUGGUUAUUACAUAUAGUUUUACAUGAGGAGGUAAGCAUCGUAAACAAGGAUGGAUAUAAUAUGGAAUUGAAAUGAGAGUAGUCUGUACAUGCAAGUUCAUUAGCAGGCAGAGCAGGACCCGCAAUGUUAUAGUGAUAGCUGCAAGCUCAAUUAGAGUUGGUUCUUGGUACAACA